AUGUCAACCCCCCGGUCACUCACUCCGUCAUUCUUGAGCAAUUCCUUGCGCUACUCUCUCUUAACCCUCUUUUCACGGCGGCGCGUAUCCAUCACACGAUUUCUUACUCCUUCGAUUUUACUUCGUUUCACCGCCAUUUCCUACCGGGAUACACUGUAUCUCCAUCAGAUGAGUUCCAAAAGAGGUGGUGGUCAGUCUAACAGAGGCGAUGGCAACAAGCCUUCACCCAAGGGUAAAAACAUAGCCAGUGGUUCUAGCUAUGAUGUUGAUCAAUUGAAUCAAGCAGUCCAAGAUGCGAACCUGGAUCCAAACCAGGAUGGAAGUUGGGAGGUCAUCUCCAAAAAGAACAAGAACAAAACUGGAAAUGGUGCUUCUUCCAAACAGUGGGCUGCCCAGACUCCCAAACCCAAUGCAUGGGGUCAAGGUCAACCUGAUACCCAAAGAACUGGUGGCCGGGGAAACGGUCAGGCCAGGGCUCCAAACAACACAUGGGCAGCAGCUCAAACAGGCGGCAGAGGUGGUGGCGGUGGUGGUGGUGGUAGCAACUACAACUACAAUGGUGCUUCAAAUGCAAUUCCUCCGCCUCUUCAGAGUGGAUGGAAUUGGAAUGCUAGGCCAGCCAAUGCAUGGCAAUUGGGAAAUGAUGCUGGGAGGAGAGAGAAUGCUCCAGAAGUUGUUAUCCAGGAAGAUGUUGAAGACCACAAUGACAUUGGCGAGAUUGAUGGAUCCGAUGAUGAUGAUGAUGUUCUUUUGACUGAUGAGUAUGAUUCAGAUGAAACCCCAAGAACCCAUGAGGUCCGAAAGAAGAACAAAUGGUAUUCCGACUUUUUCGAAACUCUGGACAGUUUGACUGUGGAGCAAAUCAACGAGCCAACCAGACAAUGGCAUUGCCCCGCAUGUCAAAAUGGUCCAGGUGCCAUUGACUGGUAUCGCAGCCUUCCUUCUCUUGUGACACAUGCAAAAACAAAAGGGUCAAAAAGAGUCAAGAUUCAUCGCGAUCUAGCUGAAAUUUUGGAGGAAGAGUUGCGUAGAAGGGGAGCUACAGUGGUAGCAGCUGGUGAGUCAUAUGGUCAAUGGAAAGGUCUCAAUGAAGUUGUGAAAGAUAAGGAAAUCGUGUGGCCACCAAUGGUUGUCAUCAUGAAUACACAACUUGAACAAGAUGAGAAUGAUAAGUGGCUUGGGAUGGGGAAUCAGGAGCUUCUUGAUUACUUUGGGUCAUAUGAAGCUGUGAGGGCCCGACAUUCUUAUGGGCCAAAAGGGCAUAGAGGAAUGAGUGUUCUGAUAUUUGAAUCCUCUGCAGUGGGGUACACAGAAGCCGAGAGGCUGAGCAAGCAUUUUGAACAUCAGGGUACUGACCGAGAUGCGUGGGAUCAUCGCAGGAUUCUGUUUUAUCCAGGUGGCAAGCGACAGCUGUAUGGCUACCUGGCAACAAAAAGAGAUUUGGAUUUCUUCAAUCAGCAUUGCCAAGGGAAAUCGAAGCUGAAGUUUGAGUUGGUUUCUUACCAAGAAAGAGUUGUGAACCAGUUGAAGCAAAUGAAUGAGGACAAUCAACAACUGAAUUAUUAUAAGAACAAAAUUGCUAAAGAACAAAAGCAUUCGAAAGCACUUGAAGAGUCGUUUGAUUUUGUGACUCAGAGGCUGAGGAAGACUGAAGAAGAGAACCGGAUUGUGAGGGAGAGAACACAACGCUACCAUGAACAAAACAAGGAAGAGAUGGAUUAUCAGGAGCAAUUCUUUAAAGAUCAGCUGAAGAUAAUCCAUGAUGCUAGGAAUGCAAAAGAAGGGAAGUUUGAUAAGCUACAGAAGGAAGAGCGCAUGAAAGUUGAGCAAUCUUAUUCUGUGGUGGAUCCUCAGAAGAGGGAUGAGAAGCUUGAGGCAAUGAAGGAAUUUGAGGAAGAGAGGGAGAAGCUGAUGAAAGCUCUUGAAGAGCAGAGGACUGAAAUGAAGAGCAGGCAUUGGAAAGAGGAGAUUGAGCUGGAGAAAGGGUUUGAUGCUGUGCUGACUCAAUUGAUGGAUAAGUACACCAAUAAACUUGAAGGAUGAAUGAAUGUCUGAUUAGUACUACUCUAAAAGACCUAUCAUAUUAAAUAUCCUAAGAGUAAGGUUCGAUAUUUGGUAUUGAACGUAUGAGGCAUAUAUAUGUGGUUUACUUGCUAAUUCAAGUUUAGACAUUAAAGUAUUUGAAUGGUUG